AUGGAGCUGGAUUUCAGGGUCAGAGAUUUUGGUACUCAGCAAGGAAACAUGAAUUACAGUGUAAAUAAUCAGAGGAGUACCUUCACAGGUAAUCAGAACUCUUCUGGUUACAACUCCAGACCUGAUCAGUACUGGACAUCCUACUCCAACAACAGUUUCUCAAGGAACUAUGAUGCUCCUCCUCCUCAAACUUCUGAUAAUGAGGUGAAGUUUAUGCUGGAACAGAUCCUAGAAGGACAACAGAAGAUGACUGUGGACUUUAAUGGGAAGAUUGAUGCUCUGUACCUGGAUCUGAAUGGAAAAAUUGACGUUCUGAACACUCAUGUCAAGAAGCUUGAUACUCAGGUUGCUCAGACUGCAGAGUCUGUAAAAAGGCAAGAGGGAAUUCUUCCUGGGAAGACUGACACCAACCCAAGCCAUUACUGCAGUGCCAUCACGUUAAGGAGUGGUAAAAACUUGACUCUUGUGCUUAAAGAGGGUGUUUCUGAGGUUAAAAUCGUGGAUUUGGACGAAUCUGAAGAAAAUUUCGAAACUGCAGAGCCAGUGUCGAGCGAUACCACCACUAGUGUUGCGCGACACCAGUCGCAGAGCAAAGCUGAAGUUGUUCAGAAUCCAAAACCAACAGAAGAAAGAGUCUACAAACCUAAGGUUCCUUACCCAAGGAACCCUAGGAAGUCUAAGCAAGAGUUAGAUGAUGCCAGAUGCAAGGCUUUGAUGGAGAAGCUUGUGAUUGAGAUUCCUUUGGUUGAUACUGUGAAGAUUUCUCCUACUCUCAGACACUAUGUGAAGAGGAUGGUGACUAAUAAUCUGAGUCAUGAGGAAGGAGUGAUGAUGAUUUCUGAACAGGUCAGUGCUGUGAUUCAGAAUAAGAUGCCAGAGAAGCUCUCGGACCCAGAAAGUUUUGUUUUGGACUGCUCUAUUUUCUCAGAGAGGUUCAAGAAAUCGCUGUGUGAUCUUGGUUCUAGUGUCAACCUCAUGCCAUACUCUGUAGCUGUUAGCCUUGGGAUGACUGACUUCAAGCCAACUAAGAUCUCUUUGAUCCUAGCAGAUCGAUCUACAAGAAUCCUAAAAGGUGUCUUGGAUGAUGUUCCGAUUAAAGGUGGUGAUUGCAUAAUUCCUACAGAUUUCGUGGUUCUGGAAUAUGGAGAGGAACCCAAAGAUCCUCUUAUCCUGGGAAGAUCAUUUUUAGCUACAGCUGGAGCGGUGAUUGAUGUCAAGCAUGGUAACCUUGAUCUCUACCUGGGAGAUACAAUCAUGAACUUCAAGAUGGAGAACCUGAAAGAUCCAACCAUAGAUGGUCAAACAUUCCAAGUCAGUGCAAUACCGGAAGUGAUAGAUGGAGAUCGGAAGGUGCUUGAUGCUGAGAAGGUGAUAGAUCAACCUGAGUCGACUAAGACGUCUACAGAACCAGUAGCUGCUAUUGAGUAG